ACGUGCAUAUGUCACCAGUGGAGUGAAAAGGACAGCAAUCAACUCAUUCUAUAUCUUCCCUAGGUGCAAGCAAUGUCUUUUCAGGGGUCAGUACUCUGUCUUAUAGUGGAAUGUACUGCAAACUGUGGCAGACACUCAUUACACUGGAACGAGAUCCAUUCCCUGCUGUAGCCUCAAUGGCAAAGACAGUAGUAGAUUAUGUUAGAAGCAAAGUUGUAACUGGCUCAAGAGACAUAAUGGAACAAAAGGUAGAAUCUGCUCCAGGUACCCCAGUCAAUAAACCCAUUUUCUUGCCUGGGGAAUCGCCUCCAUCAACCAUAGAGACCUCUACACCAACUCGCUCAAGAUCAAGAAACCAUUUAAAUAACCAUAGUGAAGAAAAUGAUAAUGGCUUCAUGAAGCCAUUAGUAACAACAGAGUUUGUGGAGUGGAGUGCCAAGACCUUUAUUCUUCCACGCCAAAAAACAAAUGAUGAAUUAAAUUCCCCAUCCUCACCACUACAUGGUUACUCUGAUAGAUCUUUAAAUUCACGUCUGCUAGCUGAGUCAGAAGAACGACGUAGUGUUGGAACAAACAAGUUAGAUGAUCAGGUGUUUGUACAUCGUAAUCCAGGUCCUCCAGCUGUGUUACUAUUUCAUCCAAUCCAUCCACUUCUUACUGUUGCAGACAAGAGUAAUGUGACAAUAUGGGAUGUUGAGCGCAGCUUACGAGUGAGUCAUUGGAGCAAUAAUAAUGUAGGCUCUAGCUGCAUUUCUGCUCUGUCUGUUAUCAACUCAGGGACACCAUCUACCUAUGUAGCCACAGCUUGUGAUGAUGGCAGUGUAAGAAUAUGGAAAGAUGUUUACCAAAGCUCCCAUCAAACAACAAGGGAUCCACCAAUACUUGUUACUGCUUUCCAGGCUACUCUUGAUAUAAAUCCUGCUACAAGAGGAGCUGGUCUUCUAUUGAGUUGGGAGCAGGAUACCACAACCUUAGUUACUGGAGGUGAUUCUCGAACUGUCAGGCUCUGGGAUUUACAAGCAGAGCGUAGGACAAUGGAGUUACCGACUGGGGGAGAUAGUACAUCAUUUAUUACGGCAUUACAUUCUCACCAAGCUGGACCUUGGAUUGUGGCUGGAUUUUCUGAUGGUUAUGUUCGAGUACUUGAUCGACGCCUCACUAGUAACCGUGCUGUUGUGCGACAGUGGCGAGAACAUAGCUCUUGGCUCAUCAGUGCACAUUUGCUUAAUGCAUCACAUGCCACUACAAAAAUUAUCACGGGAGUUGUCUCUGGAGAGGUGAGGUUAUGGGACAUGAGACAGUCAAAUUCUGUCCAGGUGUGUGCUCCAAAUCAAGAGAUGACUGCUAUGGCCACCCAUGCUAAUGCUCACCUUUUUGCCACGGGGUCAGUAAAUCAGGUGAUUGGUGUUCACCAUGCAAGUGGCUCAUCAGUGAAUGUAAUCAAAUAUCAUGAAGGUUUCAUGGGGCAGCGCAUAGCACCUGUGUCCUGCUUGGCCUUCCAUCCUCGGAGAGUCCUUCUUGCAGCUGGCACAACUGACAGUUACAUCACAGUCUACGGACUGUCUCGAAGAUAGUGUAAAUUACACCUAGGUGAUGCUGUAAGCAUAAUUCAUAAAAAGGAUAGAUUGUUCCUUGAUUUUUAUCUAUUGAGCCAUAUUUUAAAGGCAUUAUGAAUGAUAAGACUCAAAGUACUUGAGAAAACCUAAUGUAGACUGUAUUUUGUGAUGAGAACAAAUAUACCAGGGAUGCAGUAGGCUUUACCCAGGAUACCUGUAGAAAUGGAAUGUAAGAAAACAUAACAUGCUUGACAAACAUUGCUGAUUUUACAUGUUCAGACUCCUUCUCGGAAGUAGAAGCCAGUGAAGUACUUUCAAGUAGUAAAUCAGCAUGUGGACUGUGUUGGUGAAAGAGUUGUGCACAUGAUAGCACACCUAUCUCAUAAACACAAUAUAGAUUUUUUUUAGUUAGAAAGUGUACAGAUUUAAUGUUGCUCAUUAAUGUAUAUAUACAACAAAUAUAUUACUGCCAGACCCAUUUGUAAUCAACAAAAUGGAGUUACUGUACAUUACAAAAUUACCUUAGUAGUUAAUGUUAAAAUAGAGACAUGGGAGAUGUAAGUGCUUUCAUUAUCAUGAGAAGGGCCUCUGUUGGAAGAGGUAUGAUAUCUCACUUUUACUCUAUAUAUUGCCCUUUUAUUUAUUAUUUUUUCUUGUUUGCUAAUCUUUCUCCUAUUUACCAUGGCAUGAAGACGAGUUCCCUGAUAUCUUUAAGAUAUUUAUAUCAGUAAAAAAUAUAUGCAAAUUGUUUUAGAAAUAAAGAAAUUGAUAGAACCCCAGUGCUCUGAGGUAUGCAUCAUCAGUUACCAGCUAUAAGCCUAAUGGAAAUAUGUAAAAGAUAAAUACAAUUUACUGUAUAACACUAUGUUGUGUGUAAGGUUAUGUGUGUGUAUGCUUAUGCCUGAUUACUGCAGGUUUCUUUUGUGUGAUUACUUAUAUGUGUCCAUGCUUGUGUUUAUUAAAGUGUGUGUUUGUGUUUUAGUGUAUAUUUGUGUGUAUGAGUGUGAUAUUGAUAAUCAGGUAAAGAAAUUAUUCAAAGAAUGAUAUUUUAGUAUAUGCUUAUGUUAGUUGGCAUCAUCAUUAGUACUGUAAUUAUCAUCAUCAUCAUAUCAGUCAUUGUCAUCAUAUCAAUCAUCAUCAUCAUUGUAAAAAAAGAUAGUAGUAGUAGUUUGAU